AUGGAUCUUGACCAUAUGGCUGACCUGUCUGACCUGGAUGAUUCAGAUUGUCCAGCUAUCGAUUUAUGGAUGGCCUCCUCCGAGGUGGAUCAGAAGGCCUUGGGCAAUUUCGCGGCCGGGACAGCCCUCGAAAACCCAUGCUUGUCGGCCAUGCUCUAUAGAGUACUCGGGGUGUCGGUGAUGCUUUCGAAGAAACUCAUUCGUGCCCGCCGCCUCCGUCGAUUAGAUGUCACACGCGAAACAAAAUCGCUUCAGCUCUACCACCACAUUAUAUGGCUGUCGCGUGAAGGCCUAGUCAUCUUGGAACAUUACGUCUUACCUAUGGUAACCGCAUUUGUCGAAUUGAAGGUGCUAUCAUACAAACUCCGCGCCUCGUUCUAUCACAUUUUCGUGCUCUUUUACAACCGGCCCGUCAUCAUACCACCCGAUGCCGAGCCGCCAGCCGAAAUGAAGCGCGACUCGAUCUAUAAUCCGGAUUCGUUGACAGCGCUGGAUGGAUUGGCGGCUAAACAAGGCAAGAAAACAUCUCGGCCUCCGGGUUUAGCACCGGUCCAACCGCCACAAACGGCUACUUCAUUCCUCCUUCCCCCCCUGGACUAUACGACUACCGCCACAGCAUGUUUCAAUCACGCCGCCAUGCUCGCAGACAAACUACUUCCAGGCUCACACCCCCUCCGUCUCUCCGUCAAGAUGGAGUAUGCCGCAUACCUCUAUGACUGCCUACAAGACCCAAUCGCGUCGCGCCGCCUCGCAAAACGCGCCAUUGCGGAUGUAUACAACGCUCAAGAAGGCAUGGACGACGAAAGCUUCGAAGAUGCUGCCGAGAUCGUCGGUGUGCUAGGCAAGAUGGUCAAGCGCGGCGGAAAGUCUGGCAGCAGUACAGCUGGAAGCACCGUUUCUCGAGGCGACCAAUCUCAAAGCCGGAGUAGUCGCAGUCCAUCACAUCUGGAUAUCAGUGUCCCAACUACCGUCUCCCCUAUCCCUGUCACCAAGCCUACACCCGUCCCUUCGAGCGGUGCCGUCACAGAGCCUGCGGUACCGAGCGCGAAUAUGAUGAAUCCGAUUUAA